UUGCCCCCCCGCAGCAGGGACACGAUGGGGUGGGGCAGCGUGGGUCUGAUUGAGCAACUCCAUCCGGGUCCCCGAGCGGGAAGCGGUGCAAUGGUUGCGGGUCACGUGGGUCGCUAGAGCCCCGUGACCUGCACUCAAGUGGGGGGGGACACCCGGGUUCCUUACCGUAAUGCGAUGCACAACCUUCCCUUCCCCCCGCCUUCCCUGUCACGCGCGGGGCGCAAGCUGGCUUUUCCCCCCUGCCAAAGGCAUCGCUAGCUCGGCCGCCGCUAUGGGCUCCCUGCUGGGUCUUAGGCUCGCGCUGCACCCCCCCCCGCAGAGCUGGGAGAUGGUACGUGCCAGCGGAGCGCGCCUGCGCAGUGAGUCCCGGGCGGCGUCUAGUCUGUGACUCGGGCAGGCGCUGCCAUUUUAAGUUGUUUGUUCUCGGUCCGUCCUGUCGCUGUCGGUCGCUCCCGGGCCUGAGAGGCGCCUCCGCUCUCGCCGCCGCCUGAGAGGAAACGCCUAGGCGGUGCGAGGCUUCCCCACGCACCCGCCGCCGGGACUCGACGCCAUCGCCUGGUCUUCUCCGUAGGAGCCGCUAGCGCAGGGACCCGGCCUCCUCCUCCCUCCUCCGCUGCCGCCUCCGCCACCAUUUCCCCUCCCCCGGCACCGGGGCGCUGAGCUAGACUAUGGGGACCACGCUGGGGCUGAGCAGCGGCAGAGCGGGCGGCCCGGUCACCGUGUCCAGUGCAGCAGGGAUGGGGGGGCUCGGCGGCUUCGUGGCUUUAUCUUGACAUGGCUCCUCCCCGUGCUGCUAGCAGCGCCGCCGCCUCCACUGCUCCUCCUGCGCCCGCCGGCUGCGGGUAGCGAGUGGGCCUCGGUCUCUGCCUGAGUCUCUCCGUUUCCUGCUUGGGGGGGAUUUGGGGGUGUUUUGUUGAGAGGAGAGGAAAAAAAAUCGGUGGGUUUUUUUAACCUAGUCCGACGACUUUAUUUUGGGUUAAAACUCUUUCAGAAGCCCCAACCCCCUAGAAAAAAUGGCUGGAGUGAGGCAAAAAUAACCUAAAAAGGGUAUUUUUUUUUGUUUUGUUUGGUUGUUGUUUUUUUGCAAACAAUCUACCACCAAAAUUUCAAAAUAGACAGGGGAAAAAAUUGGUAAAAAUUUGCACCUUUCCCCUCCCCACAAAAAUCUGUUUUUCAAAACAACCCACCGGCCUCUCCAUGUCUGUAAAGUCGCUACCAUGAAGUGAGAGGGGGAACGCCAGGCCACUGAGUCGGUGCCUCUUUGCCCUAGGCACAGGCCGUCCCCCGCCGCCUUGUGUAGGGAGAGGCCCAAGGGGAAGUGAAAAGCAUCGGCCAUGCCUAGCCCCAGCUAAAUCGGGCUCCCUGAGGAGCGCAGCAGCAGCGGCAGAGAGAGGAGGAUCCCCGGGGGAUCAGCAGCCCAGGGAGACUCUGGGGUGUUGGGGAAUGUAGGACUCUCACCCUGAGGGGUGGGGACAGUCGGGACCGAGGGAUCAAGUCGUGUUUGAGUCUCUAGGCGAUAUACUGUUUUCCCUUCACCCACACCCACCCCUCAUCUAUGGCCAUCAUGAUCCCUCUUCUCCUUGGCAGUGGCAGCCUUAGGGCGAUGAUGUGCCUGAUGAUGAGCAGGAUGAAGUUAGAAAUGACUCCGCUGUUUUUCCUCUUUGCUCUUCUGCAAACCAGCACCAUGUUGUUUGUAGUUGAUGAUUUUGUUGUUGGCAGGGAAAUCUCGUACCUCCCGGGAUGUGCACGCCUCCUCCUCUGCACUCUCUUCUCUGCUCUCCAUCAAGUGUAAUAAUCCUUUUAAAAAAAGAAAGAAAAAAAGGGGGCAACAUAGCAAUAGUGGAAAUCUCAGAAUAAUAAUCAGCAGAGUCAUGAAUCUGGCUGGGGUAAAACGCAAUUUGUAAUUUGUUUUUUAUAUAUAUUAAUUUUUUUUUUUUUUGGUAAGCAAGGCACAGAUAACCCCACAUGGAUUGGGCUUGUGCCAGUUGCUUUUUAUUGUACACAUAAAUCGUGAUAAGAUUUUUUUUUUCCUUUUCAUUCUCACCCACUUAUUCCUGUGGUUAAACUCUUCACACAAGCAUAUUUUCUUCAGAAUUUUUAGGUUUUGUUUUUUUUUUGGUACUGUUGCAAAAUUGCUUCUUGUCCAAUCAUGGUUGGACAAUUACAUAGUUUGUUUCUUGACCCCUCUAAUAUGAUAGCCUCAUAAAAUAUUACCUGAGGUGCGUGUUUUUGGGUUACAUUCGCGUUUUAUCUAUUGAGUCGUAUUAGCGGGAAUAAAAUGACUUGUUUCUGUUGUACUUGAGUCUUAUGAAAAAGUGCCCAUAGUUUAGUGACCGUUUCCAAAGGCUUUAGUACCACCUGUGUUACAAAAUGGGGGACCCAAACUCCCGGAAGAAACAAGCUCUGAACAGACUUCGUGCUCAGCUUAGAAAGAAAAAAGAAUCUUUGGCUGACCAGUUUGAUUUCAAGAUGUAUAUUGCCUUUGUAUUCAAGGACAAGCAGCACAGCUGUGUCAAUGCCGCUUGGAAGUGUGGACAUGGCCUUAGUCUGCAGUUACUUCCUGAAAGCUCCUUUCCUGAACUCCCCGAGAAGAAGAAGUCAGCACUUUUUGAAGUGUCUGAAGUGAUACCAGUCAUGACCAAUAAUUAUGAAGAAAAUAUCCUGAAAGGUGUGCGGGAUUCCAGCUAUUCCUUGGAAAGUUCCAUAGAGCUUCUACAGAAGGAUAUAGUACAGCUUCAUGCACCCCGCUACCAGUCUAUGCGCAGGGAUGUGAUUGGCUGUACUCAGGAGAUGGACUUCAUUCUUUGGCCUCGGAAUGAUAUUGAGAAGAUAGUCUGUCUCCUGUUUUCUCGGUGGAAGGGAUCUGAUGAUGAGCCCUAUAGGCCUGUUCAGGCCAAGUUUGAAUUUCAUCAUGGUGACUAUGAAAAACAGUUUCUGCAUGUUCUGAGCCGAAAGGACAAGACUGGAAUUGUUAUCAACAAUCCUAACCAGUCAGUGUUUCUCUUCAUUGACAGACAGCACUUGCAGACUCCAAAAAACAAAGCUACUAUCUUCAAGUUAUGCAGCAUCUGCCUGUACCUGCCACAGGAACAGCUCACCCACUGGGCGGUUGGUACCAUAGAGGAUCACCUCCAUCCUUACAUGCCAGAGUAGGGUACUGGCCAGCAAAAUGGGGAAGAUCACAGAAUGCAGUAGUGAAUUCACUUUCCUCACCACUUCAUUCUUUCAGAAUUUAGAAGAAAAUGGACUCAUGUUCAGAACACUAUACAUUGUGAAACUUGAUCAUCCUGGAUUAUUUUUUAAUCAUUUGUGUAUCAGAACUUUACAAUUUUUUUAAAUGUUUUCUGCAUGGACCUUGUGAAAGAGAGGAUGCUCUGCAUAUUUUUGCAUUGCGUCAGCGUCUUACUAAAAUGUGAAAUGAAAGGACUGUUGUACACUGAAACAAAUGUAUCUGAAAGCACAAGGUGAUCAUUUGUGGUGGUGUUUCCAUUUGUGCUGAUCAUGCCCCCUAACAUCUAAUGUUGUUAGUCAUCAGUAUUUGGAGGGUGAGAAGUGAAUGUAACGGGUAUAAAAGCCUUAUAGCCUUGCUGUUAAUAUGAUUGUAUCAGAGAGCACUAUCCGAUUCAUUCUAAUGAACAGAAAAGUGGCUGUUACAAUAGAAAUGUAAAUGUGGGGAAAGAAUUCUUAUAAGGAAAAAAGCAUCUCAUUCAGUGUAGGCAUUUCUUGCCUUUUUUUUAUUUUGCUGGGCCAUGUUUAAGUUUACUGGCACUUUCACUUUUGGAUCUUUCCCCAAGUUGCUGUAUAACUGUAUAAAAGAGUAUUCUGUUGAGUUGGAUACAUUUAUACAGAUUAUGAGGCAGACCUGGAGUCUGAAGUAGUUAAAGCAGCUAAAAUUAAAGUAAAAUAGUAGCUGCAGAAACCUUGUUGUUGGUAGAGGAUUAUUUUUUCUUGAGAGUUGAGACUUGUAAACUUGCUGGCGAACUGCAGGAAAUACUGGUUUCUAAAACAUUUCUUUUUGAAAACCCAUUGAGGGUUUUUGAAAUAGACGUUAUAAAGCAGUUGUGAACUUCACUGUAAAAUAGUGUUUGGAGUGUCAAAAGUUGGUUCUGGCAGAACAUUUUAAGACUGUGCAAUGAAAUGAAGACUACUGUAUAGUUUUGAUGACAAAGAAGGCUUUGCUUAAGGGUUGAGUACUUUACUGGAGUAAAUCUGUAUAAGCCUGCUCCCUUUGGGUAAAACUAGUGCUUACCUGUUUAAAUUUGUAUUUAGCUUUUGUUUGGAAUUGGAAAAAUUGGAAAUUAAAUAAAUUAGGUGAAAGAUGA